CUCUGGGGCCUGUGCAUGUAUGGGAUGGUGUGCUUCCCUGAGAAGGACCUGGGUGCAUGCGCUAGUGGAGGUGUGCCUUGCAUGGACUCCACCACCAGAUGGACAGUCCAGGCUGGCCCAUGUGGGUCACGCUGCCAGUUCCCAGAGCUGAGAGCCACCCUGUCUAAAUAUAGCCUGGUGGGCUGAGCUCAGGCCUAUUUUAGGCCCUGACUGGUAGGAGGCCAGGCCUUCCCUAGGCCCUCAGGAGCCACUGCUGCCUCCAUCCAGUCCUGUUACUGGGCACUGUCAUCGGCCCCAACUGCCUGCUACCCGCCAUGCCUGAGGAGGCGCAAGAAGACACUGUGGCGCCAACACUGAGCCCCAGGAGCAGGGCGCCAUUGGCACCCAACCACCUGCAGGAGGUGUGCUUGCACCGGGUAGAGUCCAUCAGUGACCUACACAGUGGAGGCUCGCUGCACCCCUUCCUGGCUGAGGAGGCGCGACCAUGGGAUGAAUUGCUGGGGGUCUUGCCACCGUCACUGUGCUCCCAGGCCGGCUGCAGCCCUAGGCAUAGCCGCAGGGGCUUCCUGCUGCUGCUCACACUGCUGGUGCUCACCUGCCUGGCACUCGCCGUCCUGGCCGUCUACCUGAGUGUGCUGCAGAGUGAAUCCCUGCGCAUCCUGGCGCAUACAUUGCGCACUCAGGAGGAGACGCUACUCAAACUCCGGCUCGCCAGCCUCAGCCAGCUGCGGAGGCUCAACUCUAGCCAGGCCCAAAUGCCCAGUUGAGGUGCUGCUAGGACCUGGGACCGGGCUGUGUGAGGGUGGAAUAAAGUGGCUGCUGGCAGGGCUCUCCUCCCUGUCUGCUAGCCACAUCUAUACUGCUUCCUUGGAGAGAUUUUUGUACAAGAACUCACCCUGAACUCACAGCUGCCUGCUUCUCCUGACCUCUUCCGGCCAGGCCUAGCCAAGCCUUCUGAUGCCAAGGCCCUGCUUUGGGUGUCCCAAGGUCAGAGGGGGCACCAGCCUCCUGGCUCCUCAUGGCCAGUCAGCACCCUGGCCAGUGACCACCCCCAGAUAACAGGUUCAGAAGUCCAGAAAUAGCUGUCUCCCACUCAGAUUACCUAGACUUGGCCAGGCCUCCCAGUGGGGGUCUAGCCUUGGCUCCCAAAGACAGGCUGGGUUCUGAGUAAGAGGGAUCCACGUGGGAAGAGGCUGCCUUGGAGGACAAGGGUGGGAUGGAGGAGACCCAGUUGUGCUCAAGUCUGGAGUGGUGGAUUGGGAGAGGGAGACAGGCAGAAACACCCAGGAGCCAGAACCACAUAAGGCUGCAUAUUAUGUUUAAUUAUCUCUAAUAAUCUUAUAAUCAAUCAGCACAUAAAUCCAUUCUAGGUAGCCUUACCUCCCCAUCUGUUACCCAGAUGCUCUACUAUCCCCCUCCCCAAAAGAAGUGGGUCACCCUAGGGGAGCAAGGCCUGGAAGAGAGAGAAAGGGACAGUCCCCUCAUCCCAUCACAUGCCCCUGCCUGCCUGAGAGCCCAGGGGCAGACACACAUCUGGCUCGGUCUGAGACAGGGCAGGAAGAGGCCACAGGGUGACGUGCAGGGGCAAAGGGCCAGGGUCUCAAGUGACCUAACCCCCAGCCCUCCACUCCCAUAUUUGUUUUUGGUUUUGUCAUUAAAAAAAUAAAGCGACAAUUACU